AUGGCUGAAGCUCCUACACAAAGGGAUUUGAGAAUGAGACAAAGAGAGAUUAGACAAGAGGAAGAAGAAAACAGACUAAGGAUGGAGGAACUUCAAUAUGAAUUGCAAUCUCUUAGAGAACAGAAUAGGAAUCAAGGAAGUUAUAUUGGCUAUAUGUCAGAUGUUGGACUUAGAAGAUCAAUUAGUGAUCAGAAUAGAGGACUCAGAAGAGGUAAUAAUACUUCAAGCAGAACAUAUGCAGCUGACCGGAAUACUGGUACUAGCAUAGAUAAUGAGUCACAGGCGACAGAAAGAAGAGAUGCUCACUUGGAUAGUGUUAUAGAUAGAGACAAAGACCAUAAUUUUGGUUUCAGAGAUAGAAGGGAUUAUUUAGAACACGACGUCAGAGAAGUGAAUGUUCCUAGAAGGACAGAUGAAAUAAGGACAGAUGAACAUAAUAGAAAUAGACAUAGACUUCAAACAAGGUCAUAUGCUUCUGAUGAGGAAACUGCAGAUAUAAAUGCUCAUGACAGAGCUGAAAGCAAUGUAGAUAUUAGUUUAGAAACAGAAAAAUUAGAAGAAAGAUUGCAACAACUUAGAGCAUCAGAAAAGACUAGACGAGAAUUAACACUAGACUUAGAAAUGUUUGACGUUAAAGUAAGGUCAUUACAAAGCAGAUUAGAGAUUGACAAGAAUAAAGAAAUUACGGGUCAAAUUGUACAGACACAAGGAAGAAGGAUAGAUUCAAAUGUUAGACAUAAUGGUACACCAAAACGUUAUACGGUAGAAGGAGGGAUGUUCAAUAUAAGUAACACACACGAUAAAGAUUUAUAUGUGUCAAAGCCAACUGAAGAAAGAGUUAGAGGAGAACUCGAUAGAAGUGUUGAUAAUAUAGAAAGUCAACCAGCGUCUAACAAGGCUUAUAUAACAGACAGAGCUUAUAAGGAAGAGAGCCAAAUGUCAUUAAGACAAAUACAAAAGUCAAAGUUAGAGCUACAGAAGCUAAUCAUGAUAGAGGAAGAUAAACAAAAGCAGUUACUAGAACAAGAGAAGAGACGCAUUACUGAAUUAGAAAAACAAACGAAAAUGUUAGAUAGACUAAUAGAAAAGGAAAAGGAAAUGACAGAAAGAGAACGUAGGUUAAAGAAAGACGAAUUAAUAUUACAACAGAGAUAUGAAGAGUUAGAACUCUUACGAAAUAGACAAAUUAAAUCAGGAGAGGACAAGUGCAAGAAGCUGGAAGAAAUAGAAAAGGAAAUGGUUAGUAAAGACGAAGAAUUAAAGAAACGGGAAUUGGACCUAAGAAGAAGAGAGGAACUAUUGACAGAGAUUCACCAAAAGCUUCUUCCAGAAUACAAGAAAGAGACAGUGAUUCAACAUAAACCAGACAUCAGCUCAUUUUCUGGGGAAGAUCCUAAACCAAAGAAUGAGGUUACACUAGAUGAAUGGAAAACAGAAAUAAAAAGUCUUAUAGCAACAAAUAUCUACCCCGAUAACUUAAUAGCACAAGCAGUAAGGAAAUCUUUAAAGGGACAAGCCAGAAAGGUUUUGAUAAACAUUAACCCGACAGCGACAAGUGAAGAGAUUAUUGAAAAGAUCGAAGAUAUUUUCGGGGACACAUCAAGCAAACAGACGAUAUUUACAGAAUAUUAUACUGCUUCACAAAGAGAGAAAGAGUCGGUUGCAGACUGGGGUUUAAGACUUGAAGAAAUCUUAUUGAAAGUUUCAACUAAAAAGCAACUAGCUUCAGAAGAAAGAAAUGAAAUGCUAAAGGACAAGUUUUGGAGGUCUCUCUACAACAAAGAAAUUAAAAAUGCCCUGAGAAUCUCUUUUGAAAGUACAGAUACUUUUGAGGUUCUAAGAAAGAAAGCUAGAGCUGAAGAACAUGAAAUACAAAUGAAUAGAGAAGUCACAGAAAGUAAAGUUUUCCAGCAACAGAAGACGACAAAAGACACUGAUAAACAUACAGAUAUGUUGCAAACCAUGAUGAAGAAAAUGGAAGAUCUAGAAAGAAAGGUUGAAGAUACAGAAAAGAAAAGUAUCAAACAGAACCACAAACAGACUUCAGAAACUUUAACAAAACAAAUAAAUAUGACAAUAGAGGAAAUGGACAAUACAGAGGAUACGGACGAUAUAGAGGGUAUGGACAAUACAGAGGAAAACUUCAAUAUGGAACUAGAGGGUUCUUUGACAAGAAAUCUCACAGACAAGUUGAGGAUAAAACAGAUGAUAGUGACAAGCAGAAAAAGAAAGAAGAUUCGUCACCAAAACCAAGUAAUUCAAAGGAGAAGUUAA